AGGGCAACAGACCCCGGCGAGAGAAGACGAAGAAACUAGCAUGUCGCUGGCGCUGUCUCGCAUGAUGCUCGACAGGUUCUUCCCCGACGCCGCCGGGGGCGCGCGGCCGCCCACGGACUGGAAGGAGACGCGGGACGCGCACGUGUUCAGGAUGGACGUCCCGGGGCUGGCCAGGGAGCAGGUGGCCGUGGAGCUGGUGGACGGCCGCGUCCUCCGCGUCCGCGGCGGCGGUGGCAAGCAGGACGGCGACGGCGCGGCGGCGGGCCACGAGGAAGAGGAGGGGGGCGGCGACGGAGGCGGCGACGCGAGCGUGAGGUGGCACUGCAGGGAGAGGGCCGGCGCGCGCGCGUUCGAGACGCAGUUCCGGGUUCCGGACGACGCGGCCGCGGACGAGGCGCGCGCGGCCAUGGCGGACGGGGUGCUCACGGUGACCGUGCCCAAGCGGAAGGGCGGCAGCGGCAAGAAGCGGCGCCACGGCGGCAGCGGGCCCGUGUGCUGCAAGUUCUGGCCAUGAGCGUGUAACAGUGUAAUGGUAUUUGUUCUCGGUCUCCGCAAGGCUUGCAUGGCUUUGUGCAAUUGUGUGUGCGUGCGUCCGCGUCAAAAACCUGCAGCUUGUACAUAGCUCCUCUUCUUUGCAUCGAAGACUGACUGUAUCCGACCGUGCGUGCAAUUGGCAGAUCUCUCGUC